AUGGCUGCCGCAAGCGCCUCGACGACGACAAUCUCAACCAAACAUGCUAAAGAAACGCCAUAUCAACUGGAUCCAGACCAGACUCUGAAAGCCUCCCGAGCCCUACUACAACACGUGCAAGCCGAGGCCAAACGUUUACAGCAGGCUUCUUCCAAGAAAAAUAUACUUGCGACUGAUACCUCUGACUUCGAUGACGACUCGAUUGGACAUGGAGAAGAACCCAUUUGGUUGACUCUGACCACCAAACAACAUAUCGUCGACCAGAAUCGAUUAAAACCAAGCAAGAUAUCAGUCCCACACUCGCUCAACAAGUCCUCUGACCUUCGAAUAUGCCUCAUCACCACGGACCCUCAAAGAGUGGUCAAAAACAUCGUGGCCGACCCUGAAUUUCCAGAGCGCCUCAAGUCCCGCAUCGACCGAAUUAUCGGCUUUACAAAACUUAAGACGCGGUACAAGACUUUUGAGUCCAGGCGGCAGUUACUGUCGGAGCACGACGUAUUUCUUGCCGAUGAUCGCAUAAUAAAUCGCUUGCCUGCAACUCUAGGGAAGGUUUUUUACCGGGGAACGACAAAACGGCCAAUUCCCAUCAAGAUCGCGAGUUCGAAGAAAAUUGAAAAGGAAAGUCGGAAAAAACCCACGAAAGAAGAGGGUUCCGCUCCACCUGUUUCGCCGUCAGUGCUUGGGAAAGAGAUUGAGAAAGCCAUCGAUGCUGUACCAGUCAGCCUCAAACCAGGUACACUGGUCGCCGUCCGCGUCGGGCUCGUUGCGUUCAAACCUGAGCAACUAAAAGAAAAUAUUACUGUCGUUGUUGAGAAGCUGAUCGAAAAGCAUGUCGCUAAAGGCUGGAGGAAUGUUAGAGGCAUUCAUAUCAAAGGGCAAUCUUCGUUUGCUGUACCGAUAUGGCUUGCCGACGAUCUGUGGACGGAGAGCGCGGACAUCACUACUGUUGAACCAGAACGAGAGCAAGGCGAUAUCGAGCCGGGCCAGAAGCGUAAGAGGAAUCCAGCAACAACAAAAGGGCCUCAGGCUGGCCCUCGAAAGAGAACAAAGGUGAAAGAAGACCGAGAUGGAAAGCUUUCAGCAGAUCGCUCGAUGGCAGAAUUACGAAAAACCAAACUUGCGGCACAAAAAGCACGAAUAUUCAAGGAUGACUUGUAA